UGCUGUUAAAUGAGUUUGGACAGCAUGACAUCACGGGGUAAUUAAAACAGCUUUCUGGAAUUCCGUUUCCAAUUCCUGCGCUCAGGUUUGUUGGAGGAUUUUUUCGAGCACCUGCAGGUUGGUGUGUGAGUGAAAUAUUUUCACUGGAUGGAGUUCAAACUUUGAAGGGAAAGAGAAAAAAAAACGGAGGCAGCGGCAUUACGCCAUUCUUGCCUCUCUUGGAAAAAAAAGUGGGAUUUAAAGAAGUUUCUUACAAGAUAUCCAGCAGAAUCGUGCCGUGGAGGCUUUUAUGCAAGUCCACUUCUCCUCAGCCUUUUCUUGGAUUUCUGCACUUUGAACACAGACAGGAUCUCUGCAGCACUAUGGUUCUUACAGAUGACGGAUGGGGGAAUAAGGCUUUGCAGGAUGUGUUUCUUCAGCUUAUAAAACUCAGUUACAGUCCACAUCUUUGCUUUUACAACCUUGCAUAUGUCUAUAGCCUGUUUGAGACGGGAGAAGCACUUUUUAUUCAUUUCACCUCUGGCAGAGCGCAGAGUGAGCUCAGAGGAUGAAAGACUCGGACCAAACAGGACUGCUUUCUCUUCUUUGUUUCAUCAAACAGGUCAAUUAAUCUGCUCACACUGCGCUUUAUUACAAUGACGGCCUGGCAAAAGGCAAAAGGGUUUUAGGAUGAAAGUUGUGAAGCGUCUCUCUCUUCUUCUGAGCUGCUGGACUCUCAUUUACCUGCAUCCCGUCCUCGGUUCACUCAGCCGGACCAGACCGACCGAGCACCACCACCACCGGCUUGGAGAGGCAGCGGAGCGCGCGGCAGGCGGCGGGGAAGGAGAGCAAGCCCACGGAAGAGCCGGCAGAGGAAUCGGUGGGUCCUCACCAGCCGCGGGCAGGCAACCGGUGACUACUACUGGGACGUGGAAACCUUCACCGGUGAGUCCGGCGAGGAUAACGCGGAUCCGCGCGGGCCCGCCGUUAAUCAAGGGCGAGACGACCGUUAUUAAGAGCAAACUUACAGCGGCUACUUCUGCGUCCUCGCCAUCGCGCAGCGGGACCGUGCCGGUGAACCGUGCACAGCUGCAGCAGCAACAACGGGACAGAGCAGUCAGCUCAGGGCACAAAGACGCUGUGCGCCCCUGGCUGCCCGGCGGGGAUGCUCAUGGUAAAGCGCACGCUCCCGCGGCUCUUAGCGCGCAUGCAGCAGGGAAAGGAGUCGGGACUGCGGCUGCUGGAGGUGGAGGAGGCGGCGCACCGGGGAAAAAAAUAGGGAAAGUUGCUUCCAGAGCUAGUGCCGCUGCUCCAGUGCGCACCGGGCCUCCUCAAAGAGCCACCGGUGCGCAAAAGCAGCAGAACGCGGGUCCGCUGGCGCAGCGAGGAGCCAGCAGCAAGACCCAGAAACCGAGCGACCGGGAGGCGCACCACAAACAGCCGCUGGUUAUUCCUCACGACUACAUGCUGUCGCUGUACUGGUCUCUCUCCACCGGGGACCUGAACAGCAGCGCUCUGCAUGAAGCGGGUCUGGCCAACACCAUCACCAGCUUCGUGGAUAAAGGACAAGAUGAGCGUGGGCCCCAGCUGAGACGGCAGAGGUAUCACUUCAACGUCAGCUCUCUGGAACGAGACGGGCUCCUGGGGGCCGAACUACGCAUCCUGAGGAAGCGCCUGUCUGACCCCCGCAGGGCCUCGAUGGGAUCCACAGCCACUGACAGAGGGGGUGGAGGAAUCUUGUCCCCAUGCCUGAAGCUGUACACCUGCGCUUCAGGUAAACAACAGGCUGUGCUGCUCCAGACGAAGACAAUGGAGGAUCUGCUCAGCGGAGGCGGAUUCAGCAGCAAAUGGGAAGUGUUUGACGUAUGGAAAGUCUUCAGCGGCUCCAAAACCCAGCAGAACCAGCACUCCCAGCAGCUGUGCUUUGAACUGGAGGCUCUGGAGCACAGAGGCGGUCGCCCCAUGGAUCUGCGCACCCUGGGCUUCGCCCGACCCGGCAGGACCAACAAGGAAAAGGCGUUCUUCUUGGCAUUUGGCAAAAGCAAGAAGCGGGACCUUUUCUACAAUGAGAUCAAAGCGCGGUCAGGCCACGACAAUAAAACCGUCUAUGAGUACUUGUUCACCCAGCGACGAAUGCGCCGAGCUCCUGCUGCAAGGGGUGCUAAAAAACCAGUGCAGCAGCAGCCGCCGCCACAGACCCUCCCCCAGCAUCAGGUGGUGAAGACGCAGACGAGGCUGCGUUGUCACAGGAGACGACUCCAUGUGAACUUUAAAGAGAUGGGCUGGGACGACUGGAUCAUCGCGCCGCUGGAGUAUGAGGCCUUUCACUGCGAUGGCGUCUGCGACUUCCCUAUCCGCUCGCACCUCGAGCCGACCAACCACGCCAUCAUACAGACGCUGAUGAACUCCAUGGACCCAGAGUCGACGCCGCCCACCUGCUGCGUCCCAACGCGACUCAGCCCAAUCAGCAUACUCUACAUCGACUCGGCCAAUAAUGUCGUCUACAAGCAGUACGAGGACAUGGUGGUGGAGUCAUGUGGUUGCAGGUAGCAAAGAACUGUGGGACAAAGAGCGGGACAGAGAAAGAAAGACAUUUCCUGCCCUUCACUUUGAGGGAAGACAGAACGAUACUGAGCAAAAACAGCUCUUAGCUCUUCAUCUGACUGUGACCGAACUCACUGCUAUGCAACAGACAUUAAUCUUCACACUCAAGUGGACUAUCAGACUGCAUACCAAAGACUGUUACACACUGUUAAAGACUAAACAGAGACAGAUAAACUCGUGAUGGGGAUGCUCUUUAACACCCACUCUCUAACACUUGUGUUGACGUUGAUGGCGAUGAGCAAGAUGCAUCUGCGAGAAGCCAAAAACAACCAGAGACGCUUCUGGAUUAAAGUUCUGAUCUCAUGUUAGACUCAAACUGAUUUUUUUACUGCUUUUGUUUCUCUCUUCAGAUUUGUAUCUGAUUGGUGUAAAAAGUUUGCGUGUAACAGAAAUGCUAUUGAAACAUUAGUGAAUUAUACUCAAAAAUGCCCUUUUUUCCAGCACUUAUCUGCCUUUGUGCCUUGGCCCUUUCAGAUGUACAAUGAAGAGUAAUUUGUGUGCCUUAUCCAGGACCUUUUUAUGAAGCAUGUAAAGAAUUUCUGAUGCAUAAAUACAGGCCAGUGAUGAAGUACUAAUCUGACCUGCUCCAAGUGUGGGAAAGUUGCAUAAACUACUCUUCAAUAAAAAAUGUCUGAUUGACCGAGCUCCAAACUCCUAUCAGUCUGAACCUCUGCCCCCCCAGACUCUGCAGACUAAACUAUCAAAGGAAUUCAGAAGAUUUUCAGAUGCCAAAUCACAAUUUAACCCGAGGAUGGCUGUUAGAAAGCGGUUUUGUGGUCGGCUUCACAAACUGCUGCAAGUGCGGUCAAAAGUUACAGGAAGUUCGGUGAUGAAAAUGAGUUAUGAGAGCAGGUAUUAAAAAACACAUUUCUUUUUCAGUUACUGUCUGUCAAUUAACAGUAUCCAGAAACGUGGAUUUUUAAUGUUUUCUACAUCUCAGUAGAUAGAUAGAUAGAUAGAUAGAUAGAUAGCAAUACACACGAGUCACAUUUAACACAAAUAUAAAAGGGGACUAAUAAAAGCAGGUUAAAGUGUUGGUGUUUAUUUUAGAUCAUUCAGGGUGGUUAUUUCAGAGGGAAUGAAGGAUUUCUUGUAGAUGUUUUUUCAGUCCAGUAACUGGAAGGAGUGGUGGAGGGGGUGAGAAGGGUCCUCUGUGAUCAGGGCGACUUCCUGAUCCCUGAGCGGUUAUACGGUUCAGAUAGAGGAGAACUUCCUCCAGGAGCAUGUUGGUCAUCAGUGAUCAGAACAACACAUUCUCAGUCCGACCUUGUCAAUACAUCAACAUUUGGUCAUGGACUUACCAUGUCUACAUACAACGUGCGAGGUACCCUGGGUGUGUUGGUUGUCAAGGUCUACAUGUUACAUGAAUUGUCUUCUUUCAAGAUACACUUCUGUUUUCACAGGACAUUUAAUGCUUACAUACAGUCUCUUUCAAAGUAAAGGCGCUACGUGGGUACAGCAUCACAAAUUGAGUUGGUUAGGUUUAGGAAAAAAGAACAGGGUUUGGCUUGGCUAAUGGGACGCAAACAAUGCUCUCUUGGGUGAAAGUCGGUGUUUGUUAGACCCAUCCACCACCCCUCCCAAACGCCCAAUUUGGACUUGUGCCACCCUAAGUUCCAUCCUUGUCCCGCCGUGUGUCCCCCUGACACCGCUGGGCGCCAUUAACUAUAACAGCAACCCGCUGCGUAUCAUACCAACAUUAAAGGGCACCUUUUUUUGUUGGUUUCUUACGCUACAAGUCACAUGUUUUCAGGCCA